GCCCUUUUUGACUUUGCGAUAACAGCGCGCGACCUUAACGUUUUUCAAGUACAAUAAGAAGAGCUAAACUAGGUAACCAACAUCAACAGCCGCAAUAUGUCUGUCAAAAUUGAGGAGGAAAUCUUUGGUCUGGCCAAGAAUCCCUUCACCAAGAUACCCGAAAUGGUGCGACGUUUUACAAUGACCAAUACAAAUCAGAUGUCUGUUUCGGUUAUACAAUUGGGCGCCAUUAUUCAGAGUGUACGUAUGCCUGAUGCCUAUCAAAAGAUCGAGGAUGUGUGCCUUGGCUUUGAUGACAUUGCCAGUUAUGUCAAUACCAAAGCGGCAUACAUUGGCGGCACAUUGGGCCGCGUAGCGAAUCGUGUGGCCAAUGGCGAGUACACCGUAGGUGAGACCAAGUAUGAGCUGACCAAAAACUUUAAGAAUACAUAUCAGCUGCAUGGCGGAUUCGUUGGUUUCGAUAGCGUCAUUUGGGAGGUGGUGCGCAAGUCCGAUUUGGGUAUCACCUUCAGGCAUGUGUCACCCGAUGGUCACGAAGGUUAUCCAGGUAAUUUAACGACAACGAUCACGUACUGGCUGGAUAAUCAGAACCGUCUGGGUGUUCGUUACGAGGCUUUUACGGACAAAAUGACUCCUGUCAACUUGUCCAAUCAUGCAUACUUCAAUUUGGCUGGUCACGCCACUGGGGCCAAAGGACUGGCCGAGCACACUGUAGAGAUAGCAUCGACAAGGAUUAUCGACACGGAUGAUGAUCAAAUUCCGACCGGUAAAUUCUUGGAUGUCGACGAUACGGUCUUUGAUAUGCGCCUGCCAGUGCUACUGGGCGAUCGUCUCAAGCAGUUCGACAAUCGUCUGAUCAAGGGCUACGACAACUGUUUUGUGGUUAACGAGGGCAACGAUACUGGCAUUAACUUGGUAGGCAAGCUAGUGCAUCCACCUAGCGGCCGAGCCAUGGAAAUUUAUUCUAAUCAGCCGGGUCUGCAAUUUUACACGGCCAACAAUUUGCCGGACGAGGAGAACGGUGAUGCCCCAAUGAUUGGAAAGGAAUGUACUCAUUAUCGCAAGCAUGGAUCAUUUUGCGUAGAAACCGAAAAAUUUCCCGACGCCCUGAACCAGCAUCAUCCAGAGUUUUCGUCUAUCUUCCUCCAGCCAGGCGAGAAAUACUUGCAUGAGGUCAUUUACAAGUUUAAUGUAGAAGAGUCCUGGAAAUGCUGUUGUAAUAACAAAUGAUCAUCCAAUAAAAGCUGACAGUUUUAUAGGUAGUUCGUAUUAUA